AGAGUUCAAAAUUUGAACCAGAGUCUCGAAAAGAAAAGAAUCCCAGGUCUCAAAUCUCAACCCUUUCAUAUUUCCGGCUUUGCCUAUAUAUCUCAGAUUCAAAAUUAACAAGGUAAACAGAAGGAAGCUUAGUCACUUAGGCAGCGACGAUGAUGGCGGAUGAUGAGAUUGAGAGGAUGGAUCCAGAGACCGAGUAUCUUAUGUCGAAUAAAAGGACUGGCGACGAGUGGGAAAUGUUCAAAGAAAACGUAAGGCCAUUAAAAAGGGGCCGGAAUAUCAAUCUCUUGAACACUGCUCUCAACACCCACAAUGACAAUCGACUAAAGAAAUCUCUCCUUGACAACCGAAGGAGGUUAAUUGAAGCCAUUGAUGAAUACAAAGGAGACGAUCCUCUCCUGCCGUGGAUUGAGUGUAUCAAGUGGGUUCAGGAGUCAUUUCCCCCCGGUGGAGACUGCUCCGGACUGGUUGUGAUAUAUGAACAGUGCGUUCGAACUUUCUGGCAUUCAGACCGCUAUAAGGAUGAUCUCCGCUACUUGAAAGUGUGGCUGGAAUAUGCAGAUAAUUGCAUAGAUGCGGAUGUCAUAUAUAGUUUUCUGGAUGCAAACGGAAUAGGACGAACGCAUUCCACAUUCUACAUAUCAUAUGCGCUCUACAUGGAAUCUAAGAAUAAGAUAAGAGCUGCAAACGAGAUAUUCGAUCUUGGCAUAUCAAGGAAUGCGCAGCCAAUGGCUAAAUUGAAGGAUGCUUACAGAAAAUUUCUUGCACGCUCAAUGAGAAGAUCAAAAGUGACAGAGGAGGAUUCAACGGAAAAACAGUUGCCUCUGCGUAGCUUUGGAACUGUGCUUGCCAACGGAGAAAAUCGUGUUCGGCCUCCCUUAAGCGAGCUCUCUACGAAGAAUUUAAAGCCAGAACAGACUGGAGCAGUUGCACUUACUAUUUAUAAGGAUUCAACUGCCACUGAUGACAACUGUCCUCAACAGCCAGAAGCGUCAAAGAGAGAGAGGCAUUCUUUGCACACUCUGGGAGCUCGAGCUGAAAGGAAUAAAGAAAAUUAUGCAAUCCCUGACAAGUGGACGACAUACCAGAUUCCCCAGCGACCUGGGAUCAGAACUGGAGGGGUAACUGCAAGUGCUUCUAUCCCUGUAUUUGUUGAUGAAGAUUGUGAUGAUGAGCGAGAAGUGAAAACCAAGGGACGUAAUUCCUCAAGUGUGUUGACUAGGCAGGAGGCCGACCAAGAUUUGAAAAGGGAAACAGAGCUGCUGAGGAAGAAACCAUUACGCAACUUUCCACAAAAUAGCCUCCCCAGGUGAUUGAAACCAUGCUUGUUGCAGCUUUGUUUUGCACAUAUUUUAUGUGAGUCUAGCUUUUUCCGUUUAAAGCAGGACCCGGUUUUGUCCGUUUCUUCGAAGUUGGUACUGAAACUUUUUUCGUUUCACACCAAGUCCUUGUCGCUUAUGAUGCGCCAUUUAUUGAAACAUAAUGUUUGUUUGGAGCUACCCAUAUAAGGAUUUGUAAGUACACUCGCGUAAAUCGGAACAAGUCUUUCAUUCCAAA